GAAUAAGUUGCUCAUUCUAUCUAUUACUGUCAUCAAUAUCACCAAUCAAAGGGUGAAUAGGGUGCAAUUUUGUUUUUGUAAGAUUAUUGCCAUGUGAUGUUCACUCGGUAAGCGUGUGAUGAAAGGUCAUAAGAAACAAGUCUUCAACCAUUACUUAUCACUGUUUGUAAGCGGUAAUGAAUAGAUUUGGAGUGAAUUUAAAUUGAAUCUUAAGCUGAAACACUAAUCGUAAGAUUCAUUUGAAUAGAAGGACAAGAAUUGAUUGGGCAGAUUAAUUCGAGUUUUAUUAUAAUUUCAAGUGAUACAUAGUCAAUUAUUACAACAGUGUGAAAAAUUUACGGCAUUUGCAUUAAACCAGAAAUUACAAUCAAACAUAACUACAAAGUAUGUAUGUAUAGGCAAAUGAUAAAAUUUCAAAGCAUUACCGUAAAAUCAAUUACUUGGUUGUUGCAGAGCUAAAACCUAGCUCAGUGAGCAUUCGAACCACAGUUCAUAGGACAGAAAUUAAGACAGUGUAAAGUACAAUGCAAUACAGAAUGCAGAUAUCUGUGCCAUAGGUCAUGAUGUGUUUCAAUCGUCAUUUAUCUAUCAAGUAUCAGUAUAUUUAAGAAAAAACUUGAAUGAAUCAGUCAUGUCAUGGAACGACUAUGAAUAGAAAUUAUUUGAAUCUAGGUGAUCAUUUUAUUCAUGGAGGUCACGUAUUUUGAAAGUAUCUAAAUCAUAUGAUAAAAGAUUCUCUAGAUGGACCUUGAGGGUUUUGGCAAAAAUUCAGUGAAAAUUCUUGGGCUACUUUUCGUUAUCACAACUGUGCUAACAGCUACACAUUCUCAAGACGAGAUAAUUAAGCUGUAUACCAGUGAGGAUGAUACGUACGACGAAGAAUAUGCUUCAAUAAAUGGUGGAGAAGAUGAUAAAAAUCUCAGAGAAGGUGCUUCUGAGCCUGUGGGAGAACGAAGUGCUCACCCAACAACGAAAUGCGACGAAAAUCAGUUAAUGGCUUUUUUGGCUGAACUACAAGUAAUAAACCCGGAGAGUCUUUUACUCAUUGCAUCAUAUAAAGAUCUGGAGAACCUUUGUAGGAGGAUUGCUGGUAAUUUGGAUUCCAUUGAUUCUUUUAUACAAACCUGUGUACCUUUGCCACAAGAUCAUCUCUACAUGCAACUGAUUGCAGGACUCCGUAUUCUCAGUACUAAGCUAUGUGUGGAAUCCAAUUACCAAAAAAGCUAUAGAAACUAUCUGACUUGUUUCCACGAGCUUCAUGCCGAAUAUACGGAUUGUGCUGGCCCAGCUGAUUGGACAGAAAAUAUGGAUCGUAGUGAACUAUGCAAAGAGUAUAAACUAAUAUCAGAUUGCUAUUACACAAAGACUGCAAUGCUCUGUGGCAUAAAGGCAGCUGAAAUCAUGAAGGAGCUCGUAGUUGAAGUAGUAGACAGGAUUAUUGACGCGAAGUGUCCGAAUCUCCAGAAUAAUCCUGUUGUCCUGAAUGCAAUGUCUGAAAAAGCUUCGUCGUACGCAUCUCUUCCCAAGUGUUUCGGACGUAACCUCAGUCUUACAAUAUUCACCAUCACCACUGUUGUUACUCUGUUACUAUCGUAGGAUUUUUCAGGUCACCAUUCCUGGAUAUAAUUGUCCUUGUAUCUAUGUAAAACGAAUAAAAUUUUGAGAUCAUGGA